UCUCUCUCUCUCUCUCUCUCUCUCUCUCCAGAAAACCACCCACCCAUCUUCCCAAAACCGGUUUUCCACACACCCAUCUGCCCAAAUCCGGUUUUCCAUAAUAAAUUCCCGGUUUUUACGUUUCCAAAACCGCCCACAUUGCACUUUCUCAAGACCAUACACCAUUCCUCCGUGUAUAUUCGUUAUCUCCAAAUGGCGAAAGGUGGGAAGCUUGCUAAGCUGAAAUGCAUGAUCAAGAAAUGGCAGUCAGCCAGCAAGCUUGGCCGUACGAACAGCAGCAUCUCUGCCAACGAUGACUACGACGGGUCGUGGCGGGCCGCGCCGGCGGGUCAGGUUGACGGGCUCCAGGCAGUCUAUGUCGGAAAGUCUCGGAGACGGUACCUCAUCAGCUCCCACCUUGUCGACCACCCGCUCUUCCGGGAGCUCGCUGACAGGUCAUCACCAGGUGGGCCCAACGACGCUAUGAUCGUUGGCUGUGAGGUUGUGCUCUUUGAACACCUGCUCUGGAUGCUGGAGAAUGCCGAUCCGCAGCCGGAGUCUCUUGAUGAGCUCGUCGAGUUCUAUGCAUGCUGAGGAUCUCCGGUGACCGGAGAAAUAUCGGCGGGGGUGGCCUUUGUGUAUUUAUUUAUGAUGCAGGGAUAGAGUUGUAAAUUUUGGAAAUAAUUUACGUUAUGAGAGGUAGAUUAGAAAUAUAGGAAGUGAAAAGAGAAGAGAAAGUCCCUUUUGGACGGUGAGGAUUAACCCAUUUGAUAUGCUAAUCUUAAGAGGACCUGAUGGGGAUUGUUGUUUUCUCUUUUUGUUUUUAAUUACUACAUUUUCUUUAAUUAAAAUUUUUUAUGGUUAUAUA